AGUCACAAUCAUUCUGACUAGGCCUAUACAACCUAGAUAUAAAAAAGAGGUGCUCGAAAACCCAUGACUUUGUGAAAGACUGGAAUUUACAUGAAGGCCUAAUGAAGAAGCUUAGGAAAAUGUUGUGCUGAAUAAGUAUCCAAUCCACGCAAAUGUUUCAAAUAACAUUCUACAACAGUAGCGUAAAAAAGUAGCGCGAAUCUGCUACAGUUACAGAACGCUUGUGGUGCAAACCAUUUUAGUGCAGGCCUGGUGCGGACCCCAAAAUAAUUUACGCACAAAAGGAAACACAGGAACACAAUUUGAAGUCAUUAUUUUUCGAUAACCAUGUCUUCUCCUUUCGGAAAUGGCGGCGGAAGUAGGACCAUUCUCUGGUGUUUGCCGCGGGCAAUCUCUACGGCUUUCGCGAAGUGUCUGAGCUACAUCGAGGGCAGCGAAGUGUGGUUCGAACCCUACACCUACACCUACAUGGCAAGAGUCGAGUAUGAGCUGCACACCAAACUUGUUAUCCCGAAGGAGUAUGAGGGAAAUGAGGAAACCUUCCAGAAGGUUAAAGAGAUGGUGGAUUUGAUUCUUCAAUCAAAAACAGAAGCUGAUCGUUUGCCAUACGGAUCAGUAAAGUUUCGUCUUGAAGCCUCUUCUGCUAAACACGUGUUUGUCAAGAAUAUGGCGUUUGGAGUUCCUGAUGGAUAUCGUCAGUUUCUGCCCAAGGGUUAUCGGCAUACAUUUCUCAUCAGGAAUCCUCUUCGAUCCAUCUACUCGUACCGGAAGUCAAUAUUUAAACAGUUUUCAGAUUUAGGAUUGCUAGAAGGUGAUGCAGCCGAUGAAAGUACGUAUGAUCUCGAGCGCCAUGAUCGUUAUUUUGCACCAGGAUACUUCGUAAAGGAAGUCUACGACCUCUGGAAGUAUCUCCAAGACUCUGGGAUUGAUCCUAAUCCUAUCAUCAUUGACGGUGAUGAUCUACUGACCAAACCAGCUGAGAUGCUUUUAGCUUACUGCGCUGCCGUGGGGUUACCUUAUAACGAUAGUUUACUCCAAUGGGAUGCAUCGGUAGAAGCCUUCAAGAAGAUGAAAGCUUCCGGCGACAAUGUUCUCAUGGAUGUUGUGAAUUUCUACGGAACUGCCAUGAAAAGUAGUUGCUUUCUUCCUCCAAGUAAACCUGUACCACGUGAUCAACUACCGGCUGACGUCAUUAGGUGCUCUGAAAAAGUGAUGGCCUAUUUUGAUGAAAUGUACGAAGCUCGAUUGAAAGUUUAGAUGAGAUUAUUGGCCUUAUAACCACCGAUGUUAAUGUCCAAUGCCUUGUUAUGGAGUUCCACAAGGUUCCAUAUUUGAAUCAUUACUCGUUCUAUUUUUUAAUUGCUGAAGAGAUAAAGUAUUGAGUACCACAAUGAUCAAUUUUGUAUACAUUAUUUCACUUAACCAUUCUCUUAUCAUUCAUUUUAUGUAUUCUCAGCAUCUACGUGUACUUAAAUGAUCAUUUAACUUUGGUGAAGGAAUGAAUUGUUGCGACAGGAGAAAAUGAGAAACAAAAGUGGCUGAAAUGUACAACGAAUAGAAAAGUUGUACGCACUAAGAAAUUUUUUGAAUUUUUAACCCUAAAUGAAGGUGCAAAAAUGCACCUUUUAUUUUUAUAUUGCACCAAGAGAUGCUUAUGUGCUCCCUAAAAUGUGCAAAUUUGAACCUUUUUAGGUGCAUAAUACUAGACUUGACAUUAAAAAAGAUCCAAAUUUGAACCCUUAUUACAUGGUUCAUUUCUGCAUCCUAUAUAGGGUGCUUAAUAAAGCUCAUUGCACCCUUAAAGGUGCACAAUAGAGCAAAAUUGCACUAAUUAGCACCUCUUGGGGUGUUGAUAUUGUACCAACCCUUAUGAUUCAAAUUUGAACUCCUAUUUCUUAGUGUGUAAUAGGAAAACAAUGAAAAUCUAAAUUGGGUAAUCAAAGGGUUGAUAAUUAUGAUCAUGAUUCGAUCAAAGUGCAUGGCUUAGAAUAACUCUCACAUUUGUCGUUAAUUGCUAGGCAUUUCUCCUAGGCACCUAUUCCAUUUAGCGUAUAGGAGUCUCACAUAAUUAGUCAAAUGGGAAACGUCGUUUAAUUGUUGAAAUAGUUAAUUUUUUGUCAUAUUGUGUAAUGUAAAAAAAAUAUAUAAUCAACAAAUAAAUGAAUGAAUAAAUAACUGAAUAAAUAAAUAAAUGCUCAAUAACUGUGCCAGCAAAGUCAUCGAUUUUAAUUCAUGUAUACAAUACAUGUAUUUUAUAACUCUGUACAAUCACCAUGAUUACGUUCAUGUUCCUGUUUAAUAUGUUACCGGUAUGUUCAUUGUUGUUAUGUUAUUCUGUGAAUUUUAUUUUUGUUGCGAGAAUUGUCAAGUUAUACAAUUAUCCGUUUUUACGGACAAAUAAAGAAAAUGAAAUGAAUGGAAGCACUCAAUCAAUCAAUCAAUUUCAAUUUUUUAUUUUCAAAGACUUUUCUAAUUUAAUUGGAUUCAGCUUGAAACUGUAAAUAAUGAGAGAAUUAAAUCUAGUGUGGAAUUCUAAAGACACGAAAGAAUAGGAUAUACGAACAUUGUACAUAUAGUUGUUUUGUAAGCUUUUGUGUGUUAUGAACAAAAAUAACGCACACCAUUGCUUGCAUGCAGCUGAUGUAUUUUAAAUUUUCCUCCAUGAAAACAACGAUUAGUUUGAUUCCUUAUAGAAUAUUAUGAAAACAGCACUCGAAUUCAUGAUUAUUCAAUGUGUUGUCAAUAAUGGAGAAUUCCUCACUAACACAACUCAGAAAAGGGAAAUAUUUGACAUAACAAGAAAUAAAAUACAAAUGAAAUAUCGAAUGUGUUACAUGCACUCCCUCAUUGUUUUGUGUGUGUGUGCAUAUUGGUGCGUGGGUGAGUGUGAGGGUGCGUGAGUGUGUGUGUGUGUGAGGGUGCAUAUGCGUGAGUGUGUGAACUUGGAUGUGUGUAGUGGUGUGAAUGAGAGUGUGGGUGGGUGUAUGUUUGUGUUGCAUGGGUGCUUAUAUUAUAUUCAAAAGUCAAAUUUUAUUCAAUCAGUAUUUCCGAUUUAUUCAAUAUCAUGUUCCCUGCAUUUGCAAUCUUGUGCUUGGAUUUAAUCUACAAUAUACUGUCCAAUGAUUGUAUUUAUGUAAUUUGUUGUAAAUCAUGAAGUGAUACUUUUCAGCUUGCUGGUGAUCAAAAUUAAAGAGAAUCAUUAUACUAAUAAAAUGUAUACACCGAAUGAUUGAAUGCUUAUAAAUGAACGUUUGAACCGAAACGA